AAUAAAAAAAUCAAAAACUCAAUAUAGUUUUACUAUAUAAACUACUGAACAGGUCAGAAAAAAGUAUCAGUUAACACUUUAUUAACCAACUUCACAAACCUCAAACCAAAACAAUCAAAAAACCUAUUCAAUAUGAAAUUCCUUAUCUGUUUGGCUCUUUUCGUUGCUGCUGCCCAAGCUGGUGUUUUAUCGCCAGUCAGUACUUAUAGUGCUGUAGCUCCUGCUUAUACCACUUAUGCUGCUGCCGCUCCUGCCUUUACAACUUAUGCUGCUGCUGCCCCUGCAUACACUACCUACGCAGCUGCUCCUGCUUAUGCCACCUAUGCUGCUGCUCCUUAUAAGACUGCAGCUUAUACCACCUACUCCAGCGCUGUCCCUGCUUCUGUUUACAGUGCAGCCCCCGUAGCUUAUGCCGCCCCUGUUGCCACCUACUCUACUUUGUUGAAGAAGUAAAUUUUUUAUAUUAAAAAAUCCAAAUUAAGUUAAUGAUGGUUGUCUAAAGGAUAAAAAAUAAAUUAUUUAUAAAUUAAAUAGAAAAAUGUAAUACAAACUUAACUACAGAUUAUAUAGUCCUCUAUAUUAUCGAUUAUAACUGUUAACAGACUCCUAACAUUUAUUCAUCUAUAGUCUUCACUAUAAAGAGAUCUAUAGUCUUGACUGUAGAGUUGUUCAUAGUCCUUACUGUAAAGUAGA